CCAUGACUUCGCGCAUGCGAAACGAGUGUCCUACCUCCACUCAAGUGAAGCGGAUGAACCCUCGCAUAUGCCUAGCUCCCGUCGAGAAAUUCUACCAAUACUGCGUUGCCAACUGGAAUCGGCUCGACGACGUCGACAUCAAUAUCGUAGUGGCAGGACUGACUGCGCGGGGUAUACUUAUCCCAUCGCAUGGGUGGGUAGAGCCGUUGAAUGACUUGGAAGCGGAGAUCUUGGGCGGGCGAUACGCAUGGGAUAGAAUGAAGAAGGCUUUCAAUAUGAUAGCGGAGGUCGCUUCCAAGGCACUCCCCGAGCGCUUCGCCCUUGACGAUAUGACCACCCAGUUCAUCUACGUCAAUGAGGGCUACGCGCUCUUCUCGGACAAGGAGGAGAAGCCGAUCGACAAGAAAGAGGGGCGGGUCUACAUCGACGCUGUAAUGCGGUUCAUCGAACGCAGUCCGCAUAGCACAGUUGGCAAGCGAGGCUGCGCCAAGGACCGGUUCAUCUUUGGCAAGACAACGACAGGUGUUAAGGGCGCGGUGAAGGCAUCUGACGCUGCAAUUACCAUACACUGGCGCCCUCGCGACCGAUGCGAUAUGAUGGCUCGGAACGAAUACCACGCAUUGGCGUCUGCAAGCUUCAUGAUGGACAACGACCGUCGGCGCAGGUUCCAGUUCUCCCUCACCAUCGAGGACACGCAUGUGUCACUGUGGCACCAUACGCGAUCGCACUCGACCAUUGCUUACUCUUUUGACAUGAACGAGGAUUACGAAGAGCUUAUUCAGCUUGUCCUGUUUGCCUCCUUCGCCACGCCCUCCCAGCUCGGCAUCGACCCUUCGGUCGACCGUGUCAUCGACGCAGACGGCCUUCUACAAUACCAGUUCGACAUGAAGCACGAGGGCGAGCCCUUCUACCGCACAUACCAAACCACUUCACUCCUCUGCGAAAAGCUUGCCGACGAGCGCCUUUAUAGGCGUGGGAUGGUGGUCUACGGUGUACGGCCAGCGAUCAAGGGCAAUGGUCUCACCGUUGAGAUGGAUGCCCCGCCCCUCGUCAUGCGCGACUUCUGGCAAAAGGACGCCGUCAGCGAGCAAGACACCCAACGCGAGAUCGUCAAUCUUAUGAAGGGCCGCGCUAGAACAAAGGAAGAGAGGCGUCGUAUCGAUGAUUUCUUUCUCACUAUCCUGGCGGAGUCGACGAUUGCUGCUGAGACUACGCGGACAGGACAUCAUGACGGCGAGGCACCAGAUUGGAUGCCACGAGUUCAUUAUCGAGUGCUGUACGGGGAGCUCUAUACUCCCCUUGCCAACAUCAAGGACCCGCGGUUGUUCUUCUUCGCUUUGGCAGAGACUUGCAUAUUUUUACAAAUGAUGCGCUUCAUUAAUCGCAUACACUGCGAUAUCUCCCCGGGUAACAUAUUCGUCCAUCCCAGGUCUGGCAAAUCACUCUGCGACGAACCCUGGCAUCGGGACUUGAGGGCAGCGUACACCGUCAAGGUCGCGGACUUCGAGCACACGAAGGCCUACAGUAAAGUGACGCCGGAAGACAGUUACGUUGGGACUCCUCCAUACAUGGCCGUCGAAGUACAGGCUGGCGAGCACCUAUUUCGCCGCGAGAACAUGCCGCUCUCAGCUCUCUCCCGCCGCCCCUUCACGAUGAACUUCUUUCACGACCUUGAGGCCGUCUUCUGGAUCGCAUUCGAGUUUGCCAUGGAACACGUCUCGCGCGAUAUCCUGCUGCCUCUCAAGGACUGGGACGAGCUUCGCCCGGCAUUGCUUCUACAGCGUCAAUAUGCCCAGCGUCUCUUCGCCGAUCGCUCCAAGGAGAAUAGGUAUCGGCGAAAACUGAUGCUCGGCGACAUGCGCGAGAUUCGAUUGAUUCGCGGCAUGCUCAAGCGAUCUUACGGCGUUAACUCUCCGAUUCCUAUGCUGGCUGACCUGAUCGUGUCCCUGGGGGAUGCCUACGUGAUACUGGAGAACAAGGUCAAGGGCUUCAAACAAGGGGAAGACAACUUCAACAUGAAGAUCUACGACCUUAUGGAGUCCGUCUUUUUCGUCAUCAGCAAGGCAUACACUGGCAUCGGCAUAGAUGUUAUUCCUCUCAGCGGACUUCCCGACCUUGGUGACAUCGAAUCGCUGUCCGAGAAAGAGCCGCUUCUGAUGGAGAAGGAGCUUCGCGCGCUGGCGAACGUCGAGCCAGAGUCUAAGAAGCGCAAGGCAGAGGAUGAGCCCGUUCCAACGACGACAGUACCCUUGAGGAAGCGCCAAUCGCUGGCGGAUUUGCGGCGAAGGAGGAAUCAACAAUAGUCUGUAGGACCUGUCGAGGUCGCUGGAGAGGUUGUCCAAGUAUGCCUCUAUGUGUUCUGCUCAUCACCUUUGGCGAGAAGUGUACCAUCUGUAACAAUGACACUGCGCCCAUGGACGCACG